UUGCUCUUGGUAGUGCAGCUGUUGGAGGGGGAAAGAGUGGAACGCACUUGCUGCUGCUCUGCCGUAGAGGAUGCGAAUAGAGCCGGGAUUCGGGGGGAUAACGCUUGUCCACAGGCAGCGGAAGGACUUGGACCCCAGUGCUGUGCCAGUACACAAAGCAAAGGCGGUAAAAUUUUACCUUCAAGGGAUGGCGAUCCCGAUGGUUUUGUAAGAGGGCAAGAGCAAUAAAUGGAAUGUUUAAAGCGUCGAGUUACCAGAACAGUGAUUUUUGAGGCUUUGCUGGUGUGCCUUUAAAAACAGGUGAACUGUGUGGGAAAUUACAGAACUGCAGCUGUAUGCAAAACACUUGUGGGAACGUCUGCUUUUUAAAAAUGGUUCUGGAUGUAGGAAAUAUGAAUGACUGGCAGAAGAAGAGCCCUCUAGACUGGGAAACAUAUAUGAACAAAUUGGUGAAGGUUGUUGCAAUUGAGAAACACGAAUAUGAAGGAUGGGUUUUAACAGUUGAUCCAGUUUCUGCCAGCAUUGUCCUUGCAGCAUUCCCGGAGAAUGAAAAGGUGUCCAUUUCGUUUGUCAUGGGCCAUGCUGUCCAAGAGGUCGAAAUACUGAAAGAAGGGGACAGUGAAAUGAAGCAACGCCUUUCUCGCAUAUUCGCGCCCAAAGAAAGCAAAGCCUACAGCCCAGAGGAACUGGAGAAGAGGAAGAAUGACUUGAAGACGUGGCUGGAAACAAACCACAUCCCUGUGACGGAGCAAGGGGAGUUGGGCAGGACACUGUGUGUGGCAGGGGUGUUAACAAUUGACCCCCCGUAUGGCCCCGAGCAGUGCAGCAGCUCCAACGAGAUCAUCCUGUCCCGGGUUCAAGGUUUGGUACAGGGUUAUCUGGAGAAACAACAGUGAUGUCUGCUGUUUAAAGCAUUUGUCUUUAGGGAAGGGUCUACCUGCUGUGUUUUAGGAACCGUGCUGGGUAUCAGUAUUCACUGUUUGCAAAAAUGCUGGGUUUAGAUACUUUUGUCUGAUUUUUUUUGUCUGUAAAGAAAGGGAUAAAACAAGCGGUAUAAACCAAAAGCACAAGCAUUUUUCAUGCACUAUUUUUUAUUAAAAGCGAGCCAUUAGGUAAUGAUGCUGUAUUAAACUGAUUUAUCACUUAAUGUAUCAGUUUAGUAUUUUUGUAACAGUAUUGUGAAAGGUGAUAUACAAGAAAUUUAAGCUGUGUUUUCCUCUGCCUUUAAAAUUAGUUUGAUUAAUUAUCUAGUGGUGUAGGCAUGUUUAUUUUAUAACUGCUUACCAGAUUAUUUUUUUCUUUUUUUUUAGAAAGAGAAUUGUGACACUUGGACUUCCAAACCAGAUUUUAAAAAGUUAGUUCAGAAAGCUGUUUUAUUUUGUUUUCUUUUGUUUUUUUAGUUGGUUAAUUGUUGUUUGUUUUCCUCACAACUGUUCUGGUUUAGAACAUGAAUUAUGAUGUUGCCCAAAUUUGUAAAAUUCUUAGGGAAGGUUAGCAGGCAAAUUGCAAGUUUUAAAACCACUUAAAAGCAUUCCCUAUCUAUAUUUGUUAUUUUAGAGCAGCAGCGAUUGGAAAAUCAGUGUUCUGUAAAACGAGAAUGUCUUGCAAUUCAGUUUGUGGUUUCUUUUGCUUUUUUUCUAGUUUAUGGCAACACACAAUGCAGGAAUCAUUGUGUGAUUAUUCCUGAGAUUAUUAAUCCAGUGAGGAGCCUUUAGAGCCCUCAUUUAUCUCAGGGUGUAUUUGUUUUGCCCUAUUAGGAGCCAACACCAAAACACAUUGCUGUGCUCACAUGCAGCUGAAAAGUCUGUCUGACCCUCAUUGAUAAAAGGCUCUCCUCAUUCCUGCUGGGAUUUAUCUAAAA